CCGCCGCUCUUGGGCCGGCCCCAGAGUUGGGAGGAAGCGCCGUCUUCGCCAUGGCCACCAGCACCACCGGCUCCACGCUGCUGCAGCCUCUCAGCAACGCCGUUCGGCUACCCGUAGACCAGGUCAACUUUGUAGUGUGCCAACUGUUUGCCUUGCUUGCUGCUGUCUGGUUCCGAACUUACCUUCAUUCAAGCAAAACUAGCCCAUUUAUAAGGCAUGUUGUUGCCACCCUUUUGGGCCUUUAUCUUGCACUUUUUUGUUUCGGAUGGUAUGCCUUACAUUUUGUUAUACAAAGUGGAAUUUCCUACUAUAUCAUGAUCAUUAUAGGAGUGGAAAAUAUGCACAAAUAUUGUUUUGUUUUUGCUUUGGGAUACCUCACUGUGUGCCAAAUUUCAAGAGUCUAUAUCUUUGACUAUGGACAAUAUUCGGCUGAUUUCUCUGGCCCCAUGAUGAUAAUCACACAGAAAAUAACGAGUUUGGCAUAUGAAAUUCAUGAUGGAAUGUUCCGAAAGGCAGAGGACCUGACGCCAUCACAGAGAUGCUUAGCUGUAAGGCGCAUGCCAAGUCUGCUGGAGUAUUUAAGUUACAACUGUAAUUUCAUGGGUAUCCUGGCAGGCCCAUUAUGCUCUUAUAAAGACUAUAUUACUUUCAUUGAAGGCAGAUCAUACCAGCUGACACAGUCUGAAGCAAAUGGGAAAGAAGAGAUAAAAUAUGAACAAACAGAUCCCUCUCCAAAUAUAGCUGUGGCGCAGAAACUCGUCGUGUGUGGACUCUCCUUAUUGUUUCAUAUGACUGUUUGCAAAACUUUGCCUGUAGAAUACAACAUUGAUGAUCAUUUCAGAGCAACAGCAUCAUUACCUACAAGAGUUAUCUACCUGUAUUUGUCUCUCAUGGCUGCCAGACCCAAAUACUAUUUUGCAUGGACUCUGGCAGAUGCAAUCAAUAAUGCAGCUGGGUUUGGAUUUAGAGGCUAUGAUAAAAAUGGAGUCUCACAUUGGGAUUCAAUUUCAAAUCUAAGAAUUCUGCAUAUAGAGUUUUCAACAAGUUUCAAGAUGUUUCUUGAUAACUGGAAUAUCCAGACAGCUCUUUGGCUUAAAAGAGUAUGCUAUGAACGAGCCUCCUUCAGUCCAACAAUACAAACAUUUAUCUUGUCAGCCAUUUGGCAUGGGGUGUAUCCUGGAUAUUAUUUAACGUUCUUAACAGGCGUACUGAUGACACUCGCAGCACGAACCAUUAGGAAGAACAUCAGACACUACUUUAUUAACUCUCCAGUCAUUAAGUUAUGUUAUGAUAUUGUGACAUGGAUGAUGACUCAAAUAGCAAUAAGUUAUACAGUAGUGCCAUUUGUACUUCUCUCUGUAAAACCAUCUUACAUGUUUUACAGCUCUUGGUACUUCAGCCUUCAUGUUGCCUGCAUUUUAGUGUUGUUGAUAUUUCCAGUGAAAAGAACUCAAGAAGGAAAUAAAAAGCAAGCAAGUAUCCAGGUCUCUUGGCCCAAAGAGCAAGAAAAAGAAGACGACAAAAACAUAACGGGACAUAACAGUUACUCUACAGCAAAUAGUUUCAAUCAAAAAAGAGAAAUCACCUGCAGAAAUACAGCAGUGAAACAAUGAUUAGAAAUGCUAUGGGGGAUAUAUUUUAUAUUUUCAAAACCCAUUUAUAGCACCUUUUAAAGGGGUUUGUAUUUGUUUGAAAAGAUGGUUAGUAAGAAAAGAAUGCUAUCUUUAGGGAAUAUUGAAUACGCUAGUAAGAAUGGAAACAAAGCAAAUUAACCUCUCCCAUGCCAUGUUCCUGUGGAUCACGCCUUAUAUGAAAAUAUUACCAUUAUUUCAAUGGGCACUCAGGACUUGCCGCAUAUGUCCACUGGGUCAUCGGUGUGCCCCUUUGCUGAAUGUACGUGGUGUAUCCCGAGGCACUGUGGGUGGUGGUGGGGAAACCUUGGUUUCAGUCCUGAGUAACAAGAGGAAAAUAACAAGCAAAUGCCUUGCCUUAAACCCUCAAUCUACUGAAAUAACAUUUCUAAGUGGUAUUUUCAUGUUUAACAUAAUGUGGGAAGCAUAGUUUAAAUACAAGGUUUUGGAUACUGAAAGACAAAAAGAGAAGUGAAAGCAGAAAAUAUUGAUGUCUGAAUCAAUAAGAAGGAAUUGCAAUACACAUCUCAGUAUUUGGAGGUUUUUCCUAGAAUAUCAAUUUCUUAUAGUACAGGAAUACCAACAUUGCCAAUGCCAAAUUAUAGUCGAUUUUUUCUGAAACAUUGUCAUUACAAGAGAGCCCUCUGGAAACCUUUUAAAACUCAAUGAUCAUCUUUUCCAGAGCAAUAUGCUCUGGUUUAAGUUUAUACUGCUUUUUCAGUAUACACGAGCAACAUGGCAGCCAUCAUAGGACACUGCUGGAGUUCCUGUUAACGGAUCAACUUUUCUGCAAAACCCCUAGUUCUUAUCAUGUACAAAUAAUUUUGCAAAGAAUGAUCUUCAGAUACUCUCAUUUGGAAAUUCUGUCAGAGAUGUAAAGAAUUAGUGUGAGAAGGUGCUUAUGAUAUAAGUAUAGCCAGAUUAUAUUAUCGGUCUAAUUCAGUUUAUAUUAAACAAAGGAUGAAAAUGUUGAAUAGGUGUUAUCUAGCUCAUCUUUGACAUUAUAAACACCGUAACACUGGAAAGCCCUGUGGUUUAGGAAAUCCUUAAACCAAGAUUUCGUAAAUGAAAACGUAUUGAACCCUUUGAUAAAAUGUUUCCAACCCUUCUGUUCUCUCAUAAUUUUAUUUUUAACAUAUAUCAAGGGAAUUGAUAAACAUUAAUCACUUUUUGGUGAAGAUUAACAAUUGUUACAAGAAAUUAAGUACUAAAGGGCUAUGAUUUUUAUUUGCUUAUUUGCAUACCAUUUGUGUUGUUUUUAGCAAGUUCAAACCAUUUAAUCUUUUUAAAUAUAAAAAAUAUGCCACAGCAAAAAUAACGAAAUUGGGAUCAGAUUACUAUUGAGGCCAAAUUUUCUCUGUGAUAUUAAUACCCUAAACUUUAGUAACUAUGUGACUGGAUAGUUUAAGUAAGCACAGAAAGGUAAAAUUUGCUGCUGUCAAGGACAUGGCAAACACAUGAUGGAGAAAUCUCAAAGUAUCCUAAAUUCAGUGUUCACAGAGGAUCCCAUAAAUCAAAAGAAAGAACUAGGAUAAAUUAGUUUGAGUGUUCCAAGUUUUCCUUGGUCUGCCUCCCUGAGAUUUGUGGCUAGCUGGAGACAGGUGCCUUCUGAGGAAACACGUGCCUGUUAAUGCUCUCAUUGCUAGAAAUGCAGGAUGGAAGAUUGUUUUGUUUUGGAGAGCAGGUAACCAUGCUCAUUAAAAGAGCUUUUCAUACCGGCUAUGUCGCAGAAGUGAGUAUAAAUAUUAGAACAACUAGUCAUGUGAAGCAUCUGUUGAAAUGAUAUGUAUAUGCAAGUCUGUUUGGUUGUUGUAGAAAGAGGUUACAGCAAAAUUUGCGUAGGACUGCACCUUGUAGCUCCUUCCCUUGGUGCUUUAUCAUACAGUGUGCAUGUUUGCAGGGACAUGAUCUUCACCUGACCCUAUGUUACAAGAGUUCUAGAUCAUGCAGAACAGCCACAGAUGUGAAGGCAUUCUCUGUGCAGAUGUUUUCAAUGUAGAUCCAGAGGCCGGGGGGCGGGGGGCAUUUCCUCAGUGCACAUGAAAUUGGUGGCAGGGCAGCUCAUUAGAGCUGUGCUCAUGUGUUUGCUAUAACUGAUUUCUAUCAUUUGCUGAAAAUCCUUGGAACUGCUACAUCCUGUGCAGAGGUGUGUAUGUGGUGUGGCAGCGUCUGUCAGUAGAAGUAGGACAGUCUAGUGCCAGGAGCAUGAGUCUGUUUGUCCCAACUAUAAUACUGUUCAUGUGAAGUGCGUUACUUUCUUCCAUAGCAGUAAAUGGCAUGUGUCACAUAGACACCCAGGUGAAUUGGUGGUGCCCCCCAUCCCCCACCAUUUUGCAUGACCUCAGAAUCUGGGAUGUGGGAAACCCACUCUGGAAUUGUAUCCAAAGAGGCCAUUUUCUUCUCCCCAUAGAGCUCAGUGGGAAUCACUGAGCUUUUCUGCAUCGGCUACUUUGACUUCUAUUUCUGUACAUCUAACUAAAAGACUAGUAAAGUUGAAUUGCUGGGAGAAGGAAUGGAGAAUUUGCUACUCUCCUACAUUGUCCACUCCACCUCUAUAUACAACCUAAAUUGAGCAGAUCACUUAAAUUUUCCCUGAGUGUCAGCCACUACAAUGGCAAUGGCCUCAGUUAAGAUUAGGAUAAUACCAAACAGGUGGUCCAAUGUUUUUCCACCUAUCUUUGGCCCAGCUGUCCUUCCCUGAGGUGAAGCAAGUCCAGGGGUUUUCCAAACCAUCUGUGACUCUCAAAAUCUAAGAAGGAAGUAUGGAAUGCUGCUUCUCUCCCUCCUAAGCCAGAAGUAGCAUUUGGGGCAGGCAACAACAACUAGGAUGAGCCCCUUAAGAUCCAUGAUUGUUUUCUACCUACUGUUGGGAUUCUUAUGUGAAUGGUAUAAUUGCAUAAUAUCUACAUUGUGGGCACUCACAAAGAAUAUAGAAAAUAAUAUAUUUUUGCCUUCGCUUUCAGAUUAUAAACUAUGAACAUGAAAUUUUUGUCUAAAUUCUGUCCUCCAGUGAAGUUUGGCUUGAUUAGGGCUGCACUUCUAUGCACACUUAGAUAAAUCUAUGAUGUGCAGCGGGACUUAUUUCUGAGUAAACAUACAAUUAUAUAUUUAAGUUGUGCUUAAAUAUAUAAUUGAUCUUUUAUUAUUACUUUUCAGUGGGUGAAACAUUCUGCACAACUCUAAGAAUUAAGUGCAUGUUUCUCCAAAUUUUAAAUAAAUUUGUAACCUUCCAGUUCCUCUAGUUAUAAAUGAAAUACAUCCUCUUUAUAAAGGGCCUCAAUCUAGCUAAAUUUAGUAGAAACUCAAUUUUAUUGAAAACAGAGAGCUGGGAAGUUAGUUGGGAUGUGUGAGACGAACAUCUUCCAUUCAUUUCAUUGAGAUCCUUUGACCAACUUCAGUUGGAUUGCAGCCAGGAAACAGAAAGAGUUAAUUGCAAGGGACCAUUUCAAAAUAGGGCCUUCAGUCCUGAGGAAAUGACUUCAAAAUGUCAAUACUUCACGUCAGUCUAUAACUUCUGAAUGCCACUUCAUAAAUUUGAAAAGGAUUUUGUUUAAUCAGUGUUCCACAUGUCUCUCCUGGCAAUUUACCAUUCUCUGUCUCUUUUUAAAAAACAAGGUGCUUAUACAUGUUUGAAUUUUGAAGACAACUUCUGGUUGCUUGGAACUAACACAAACUUGACAUGCAUCACAGUAAUAAUGUUCUUGGCUCUUAAAGGAAUUUGGAAAGACACCAGCUCUGUGUCCAGAUAAAGACUAGAGUUUUGUUUAAAAAGUGGGAACUCUUAAGCUUGACACAACACGUGGAAAUUUGUCAUGUGCAAAUUGAGAGGUAUCCAAAACUUUCACAAAGGACAUUUCUGUUCUAUUGUCUGUUAUCUGAGACUCUGUCAAAAGACUCAAGUACGAUCCUCUCUCUCUGAAUCAGUUCCUUAAUGACAAAUUUGCAAGCUUAGGAUUCAAGGGAUGACAUGUAUUCCAUUCCAACUGUUGCUCCUUGUUCUCCUGUCCAAAAGAUGGUGCUCCUGAGCUUGAGAACAGCACAGGAAUCUGCUUUUAAUCAGGUCAGGCUCUCUGUCUGGGUAGCCCAGGUAUUGUCCAUUCUGACAGUGGUUUCUGGGAUCUCAGGCAGGAGCCUUUUACCACUAUCUCUAGAUCUUUUUAAUGGUGGAUAUCAGGGAUUAAACCUGGAGCUGUCCAAAUCUGAAGCAUGGACUAUAGUCCCUCCUUCAUUCAGUGGCACAGGAGAAUCUUAGCACCUCCACUCCAGAAGGAUACAUGAUUUUCUGAGUGUGCACAUGGGGGAAGUCCACAGACCCUGGCCUUAGUUUUUGAAGUGAUGCAGAACCCUCAAUUUCAUGUCUGUGUUGCUGUUGUUGAAGGGUUGCUACAGCAGGCUCACAUGGCUGCUUUACUGGAGUCCUGUCCUUCACUCAUGCAGAAGUGCCAUUGAGGAGUCAGGAGGAUUACUCGUGAAGACUGGCGGCAUGAUUGUCUUCUGUGUUGUGUGGCCAAAGCUCUCAGAUUCUGACAGGCAGUGACAUCAAAACUUCCUCUUUGGUGGGCUGGGGCUGCUCAUAGGGGUAAGCUGGUGAACUGUUAUCUAACCUGUUGGUGUGAGUAGCAGCUUGGUUUAAAAUAGACAUACUUAGGAUGAUGACUGGCCCCAGUAUAGAAAGGUUUCAGAGCCAUUGUCUUAAAAUAGCAUAAAAAUCAAAUAUAUAUAUUUUCCCAGACUAUUGAUUGACCCAGGUAGCUUUUGUCUUUAUUUUUGCUAGGGUUGGUAUAAAACUUUUAAAAGGGUGUGAUAUCAUACCUCAAAGCUUGGCAUUAACCAAACACAUGUGCGUCUAUGAAUCAAUGCUUGCUCUUUCUGCUUUCUUUUCACUAAUUUUGGAUUAAAUGUGCAGCUUGGAAUAUCCACUACAAAUGCCUGUCCAUGCAGUGUUCCACAUUAGGGCAGCCUCCCAUGUGAGUGGGAAAAUAGUGUCAGAUUUGCUUUUGCAAGGCAGGAUUAGUAACUUGCAGCUGAGAAUUUUGUUCUCUUGGAGGUGAACUGCUUUAAAAUCCCAAACAGAGUGGGCUGAACCAAUGUUACAUAAGCAGAGGUCUGGUCACACAACUGGAUUUUCUAUCCCCUCCCCUCCCUCAGAAAGCCUUUUCUGGGUUAGGGACCCAGAAUAUGGUAUGGGAGAAUAAACAUUUUGUGUAAACUGCCCCCAUUAAGCUUAGGGCAUCUUGUCCUCAGACUACAGCCUUCCCUGCCUGGCCUUCCUUGACAAUCCUCUAAUCCCAGGAAAGCCUUUUUAGAGGGCUGCAGCGGGGAAGGGUGGGAGGAAAGCCCUAUUGUGCAAGAAAAUAUCUACUUUUGUGCUGUUGGAUAUACCCAGUGAUUUUUUUUUACCCUAAUAUGCAACUUCAGGCCUGGACCCACUUGAAAAUACUGGAAGCUCUUUUUAACCCUUGGACCUUAACAGGACUUCAACCUCACUGUCAUGCCAGGAUUUAAAAGGCCCUUUUGUUUGAGCACUUAAUCGAGUGAGGCCCUGAAUUCAUUGUCAGGUUUGCUGUAGCAAUCUACAGACACUUCCCUCAUCUGGAAUUCCACUACACUUAAAUGUGAAAUGUUCUGCUUCCACAGAGGAGGUCUCAAAACAUUGUUUAGCUGUGCAUAUCAAAGAUACAUUAGCACUUAGGCCAGAAAACUGUAUAAAAGGAACAUUUGCCUACACUCUUUAUUAUUAUUAUUUGCCUUGCAUGUGUUAUGUCAGGUUCUUAACUCUAAUGAAUCUCUCACUCCAUACCUUUUUCAUGUUUGUUGAUUUUGACUAUUUCUAUGAAGUCUUUGGAUGUGUCUUACAGUGGCAAAAAGUAUCAUACAAAAACCAUAACAUGUAGAUAGUUGUUCCAAAACCAGACCUCAAGUAUAUUCUAGUUCAGUUAGAGAUAACUUUCUAUAGGCAUUGAAUGGUAACUAGUGCUCCAAUUUAAAAUGGACACACAUGAUUAUUAAAAAUAAUAUAAAAUUUAUUCAAUUAAAAAUAUAAAUAUGGGAUUUUGAUAUUUCCUACCUAGAUACACAUUGAAGGGUUCUUUGCUUAGCUCAAUGCAGAGAUCAUAUACUCCCUUCCCUCAGAAUAUCUGCUUUUUGAAAUAAGAAUAUGCUUCAAAAGUGGAUAGUUGCAGUAUUUCCUCAACUUGCCUUCCCUGAUUCAGAAUAUAAAGACAUUGUCCAUGAAUUUUGUUUUUAUUAUUCCAAUAUAUAUAUUUUUUAAAAAUUGUUAUUUUUCAACAAAUCCAUAAAAUUAGGUCUUGGUGUAUGGUAAUUUUAAAUACCACUGUGUUAGUUUACACUGUGAUGUGAUAUUUUAAUAAUUACUUAUUUCUAGUUUUGUCUCAGAGAUGCUACACAGAGGUGGCACACUGCUAUGUUUUAAAGGUGUUUUUAACUUGCCUAUAAAUGUUUUUUCUAAUUUGUGUCUUUCAAAUCUGAUUAAACUGUAGUUUAAAAGAA